UCUUUGCUACAGCUGCUCUGGGGCCAUGGACCUGGACGCGCGUGGGGUGUUCGCGCUGCGCACCUGGGGCCGCCAGCUCCGGCUUGUGGCCGCCGCCUCCUGGCUGCCCAAUGUGGCCCUGGCGCUGGCGCUGAGCUCCGAGGUGCUGUUGUUCCCGGCGCCGCCCGCUCACCACUGCCGGCCAGACCCGGCGCUGCUGCCCCCGGAGUUGCGCUCCCUGGCCGGCCCGGAGCUGCUCAACGCCAGCCUCCCGCGCCUGCCGCCGCCCGCGCGCGGCUGGAGCCCCUGCCUGCUGCUCCGCUACCCGGGCCCGGGCCCCGAGCCCAAUGGCACCGGGCCCUGCACCCGCGGCUGGACCUUCGCGCUGCCCGCCGCCGGCCUGCUGCGCACCCCCAUCACCCAGUGGAAUCUCGUAUGUGGGGAUCAAUGGAAGGUGCCCCUGGAGCAGAUGAGUUAUCUUCUGGGCUGGUUGUUGGGUUGUGUGACUCUAGGCUCAGCCUGUGACCGGUUUGGCCGGCGAGUCACCUUUGUGACCUCCCUGGCUCUGGCCACAGUGCUGGGAAGUGGGGUGGCCCUGGCGAUUAACUACCCCAUGCUGCUAUCCCUGAGGCUGCUCUAUGGGACCGCCCUGGCUGGUGCUUUCCUCUCCCUCUACAUGGCCCGGUUGGAGCUUUGUGACCCCGACCAUCGCCUCCCAUUCUCCAUGGUGGCCGGCCUCUUCUUUGCCUCUGGAAUGAUCCUGUUGCCAGGGCUAGCAGCCAUAUGUCAAGACUGGAGGUUUCUGCAGGGGCUGGUGACCCUCAUCCUGGGCCUGGUAUUGUUCUUCUGGGGAUUUCCUUCCCUGUUCCCAGAGUCCCCCCGAUGGCUGGUGGCCACUCAGCAGCUGGGCAGAGCCAAGGAGAUCCUGUGGCGCUUGGCAGGGGACAACCUCAAGCCUGGGGACUCUGCCUCUGAGGGUGCUGCUCUGGCUGCAGAAUUAGACGGGCUGUCUGAGGGGAAGGCCUUGCCCCAGUACCACUCCAUCUUUGAGAUCUUCAGCACUCAGCUCAUCUGGAGAAAUAUCCUCAUUCUGGCCUUCACCACGUUGCUUGGAAAUGGCAUCCAGUACAGCUUUACACAGAACCUGGCUCCCUAUCUGCCCCACUUCUACCUGCCCUGUUUCUUGCUGGCUGGGCUGGAGGUGGCCGCCAGCCUUCUGCUGAUCCUGAUGGGCCAGUGCUGUGGCCGCCGGGCUAGCCUGCUCCUGUGGACUGUCCUCACCAGCUUGGCCUCCCUGCUACUCCUCUCCCUUGGCCAGUACCUGCCAGUCUGUAUAGUGGUGUUUCUCUCUGCCCUGGGGCUCCUGGCCUCCCAGGCUAUGUCUGUUCUGAGCAUCUUCUUCGCCAGUGAGAUCCUCCCCACCAUGAUCAGAGGGGCUGGGCUGGGCCUCAUCAUGGCAGCUGGUUUUCUGGGCCAAGUGGCUACACCCAUCAUGAGCAUCUCCAACAACCGAGGCUUCUUCCUCCACCACGUGGUGUUUGCUUCUUUUGCCGUCCUCUCCAUGCUCUGCAUUCUAUUACUACCAGAGAGCCGGGGCAGGAAUCUCCCUGAGUCCCUGGAGGAUGCUGAUGGCCGGCGGUCCUCCCCAUUCUUCCUGCCUGGCUGGCGCCACCCCCAGGAGCACCAUGUCCCACUGCUUCUGCCCUCUCGUAAGCAGGCCCGCCGUGGAUGGCAGCAACACUCCUGUUCAGUGGUCCCCUCCCAAAGGACUGGUGGCCAAUGACCUCUACCUAUCAGGGCUCACCUAACUGCAGAGUCCCAGGCCACACAGGAGUCAAGGCAAGCCUGAACUUCAGGAGGCCACCCACGGAAACUGCUUUUAUCAAUGGAGGGCUUGGAAAACAGGAUGGUGUUGUUACCGUGGCCUUGAUGGCUAUGGAGAGUGAUGAAUCUGGGGCUGUGGAGAGCAAUGAGUCUGGGGUGUUGCUUGUGGGCCCUGACUGUUCUCCUCAUCCCCAGUUCACCUGUUUUCUGGAUGAGGAGGAAGGGAAGGACUCUGCCGGGCAGUCUCCUGGAAACCACUGAGCUGCCUGGGGUGGGGCAGAGAUUCCCAGCUUAGCUGAACUCAAAUUCUGGACCAACUAAGCUUUCUCUACAUAAGAGACAGACAAAUGCUGCUCUGGCUGCCCUCCUGUCACCCUGGGAAUUACUUCUGAAGCCGUCAGCCUCAAGUAAUAGUCUUCUUUCUGGGGCAGAAUGUCCAGCCUUCUGACCGGGUUCGAGGCGGCCCUGGCUUUUCUUUCCCCUCCUUACUUAAAAGCAUUGUGACAACC